AUGGCUACUACCGAAGUUCACCAAACCACCGUCGUCGAGGAGACUAUGCCCGAUGCCUUCAAUGAUACCCUGGGCGAGACGGAGGCUCUCGAUGUCACUCCCAAGACUGAAGAAGAGUAUGCCCAGUCCAUGCUGACUCUGCGCGCGAUCGUCUCGUCCAAGGAAGCCGGCGUCAUCAUCGGCAAGGCUGGUAAAAAUGUUGCGGAUCUGCGCGACGAGACUGGCGUCAAAGCUGGUGUGAGCAAGGUUGUUCCCGGUGUCCACGACCGUGUCCUUACUGUUACUGGUGUCCUUGAAGGCACCGCCCGCGCCUAUGCGAUCGUCGCCAAAAGCCUUCUGGAAGGCGCCCCGCAGAUGGGUAUGGGAGGCAUCGUCUCCAAUAAUGGUACUCACCCCGUUCGCCUCUUGAUUUCCCACAACCAAAUGGGUACUAUUAUCGGACGACAGGGUCUGAAGAUCAAACACAUCCAAGACGCCUCUGGUGUGCGUAUGGUUGCUCAAAAGGAGAUGCUCCCCCAGUCCACUGAACGGAUCGUCGAGGUGCAGGGCACCCCCGAAGGUAUCGAGAAGGCUGUCUGGGAAAUCGGCAAGUGCCUCAUCGAUGACUGGCAGCGUGGCUCCGGCACUGUUCUCUAUAACCCCGCUGUCCGCGCCUCCCUCGGUCAGCAGCCCGCUCAAAGCACCAGCCCGACUGGCGGCAAUGGUUACACCAGCCGUCAGUACAACCGCACUGGUAACGGUGCCGACUUCAGCGAUAACAGUGGCUACAACCGUCGGCCUAGCUCGGAUGCAGGCACUCGUGGAUACCCCCUGGUGACCGAAGAUGGUGAAGAAAUCCAAACCCAAAACAUCAGCAUUCCUGCGGACAUGGUUGGCUGUAUCAUCGGCCGUGGUGGUACCAAGAUCACCGAGAUCCGCCGGAGCUCCGGCGCUCGUAUCUCGAUCGCGAAGGCUCCGCAUGACGAGACCGGCGAGCGCAUGUUCACGAUUAUGGGAAGUGCCCAGGCCAAUGAGAAGGCCCUAUACCUCCUUUACGAAAACCUCGAGGCCGAGAAGACUCGCCGCAGCCAGCUGCCCCAGGAGUAA